AUGACGGAUGCCGACGAUCGGUCUCGAGAGGACUCGCUCCUAAAUGAGAUCUAUUCUCUUGCCCCCUACUUUUCCUACGACCAAGGCAAGAGUCGUACGGACGACACGGGCAGGAACGGUGCUCUGGUGAAUGCGUCGCCGGAGAGGGCCGAUGGACACCCGGGCACCAACUGGAACGACCGCAUGAAAGCUCUCUGGCACGAGGCAAAUGACCAGGAUGUGGUUGACCGCCAAAACCAGCGGGCAACCCCCUACUUUACCGAGCCUUCGCUGCAGACCGGCGUGACCCCGUCGCUGGCCUCAGAUUCGAACCCGCUAAACACAUCAACGUCGCUCGGUGCAACAAACGUGGGCGACACAGUGAACUCGGUCAUCAUGCCGUGGAACAGCCCGCGCAUCAAGGAAGACAUUGUGCGCAUUAUUAGUCAGUGGCUCUACGACGAAGGCUUUGGCGCCGCUCGUCAGGCGCUACUCGAGGAGGCAGGCAUCAAGAUUCGCGAGCGCGAGGAUACCAUGGCAGAGCACAGGAAGCUGCGCAACUACCUCUUGGAAGGAAACUGGUCGGAAGUCGAUAAGAUGUGCUCCAAGCCGCUGCUCAAGGACCACAAGGCGUUCCUCUAUGCGAUUUACAAGCAGCAGUACCUGGAGCAUAUUGAGCACCGUGAAUUCCAAAAGGCGUUUACGUUCCUAAUGAAGCGACUCAAGCCGCUCGAGCACUACCAGCCCCAUGCGGCCGAGUUUGGUGAUCUGUGCUACCUGCUGUCCGCUCGCUCGGUGACCGAUGCACCGUCCUUCCGGUCCUGGGAGGGUAUCCAGCCCGCUCGUGAGGCCCUUGUUGCCGAGUUUUCGCCGAUCCUCGACCAGGACCGCGACGACCGCGAGACGAUUGCCGGCUGUGAUGCUCCGUUUGCGACAGAAGCGGGGCACAGCGGCACCAAUGGUAACUCUGAAACGGAGAAGAAGAGCACUGUGCACGUCCCGCCCCGCCGCCUGCUCACGCUGCUGCAUCAGUCGAUGGCCUACCAGGUGGAGUUUGCUCGCUACCAGAAGCGCACUGUGCCUGUGGUCAACAGCUUGCUGCAAGACUACUCGGGCUUUGUCGUGCCGAACCGGUGUCGCAAGACACUCUAUGGGCAUGCACAGAACGUCAAGUGCGUGCGCUUUGUUGGCGAGGACGGGCGCAAGCUGGUCAGUGGAUCGAGCGACUGCUCUCUGCGCCUGUGGGACACCGAUUCGGGACAAUGCGAUGCGCUCCUCGAAGGGCACACAAGCCGUAUUUGGGAUGUGGAUGCGACCCUCAACGGCGCCUUUGUUGCGAGUGCGAGUGGCGACUCGACAGUGAAGAUUUGGAGUACCGAGUCGACGCUCGCCCAGCUUACCCUGCGCGGUGGCUACGGCGAUGUGUACUGUUGCCGCUUUAGUCCCGACCAAGGGCACUUGCUCAGCGGUGGCUACGACAAGCUCGUGCGUCUCUACGACUUGGCCACUGGCACGGCGAUCCGCAUGUUCCCGGGCCACCAGCUCGGCGUGUCGUCUGGCGUCUUUUCGCCGCAAGGACGCAUGAUUGUGAGCGGUGCAAAAGAUACUUCGAUCCGGUUCUGGGACACUUUGUCUGGCCUGUGCAUCCGCACGCUCCCUGGCCACCUAGGCGAGGUGACCUCGGUGGAGAUGAGCGAGGACGGAAUGCAGCUCCUGACCAGCUCCAAGGACAACUCGAACCGUCUCUGGGACAUGCGUAUGCUCCGCCCUCUGCAGCGCUUCAAGGGCCAUCAGAACACGUCGAAGAACUUUAUCCGGUGCUCCUUUGCGCACCCCAGCCUCUUGAUCAGUGGUUCCGAGGACGGCCUCGUGUAUGUGUGGGACCGCGAGUCGUCAAAUGUCUUGCAGACCCUCGAAGGACACGGCUUCGAAGCUUCGCAUACAGACGGCACGCUGCGCCGCCCUGCGACGGGUCUCGGUGCGCCGUCGAUGGAUGCACUGCCCGCCUCGCACGCCUACUACAGCCGCAAGCAGGUCGUGGUAUACAGCACGGUGUGGAACAAGGUACAAGGCCUGCUCGCCAGCUGUGCCGACGACGGCACGGUCCGGCUAUGGGACUGGGCGCGGCCGCCUCGCGACGAAGAAUCGAUGCUUCCGUAG